CAUGUCUAGCCAAUCCCAAAGCUCUGCGGGGCGAGACCCGGUCCGUGCGGCGGUCUCGGACUCCGGCCUGGAGGCCUCUGCUUUGAUCAGUGUCCCCGCACUUCCACUGCCCACUGCCCAGUGUGGUCUCCUUUGGGAACCAAGGGAAAGCUCUCCUUCCUGCUUGGCUUCUACCUUUAACCCGUGGGAAUAUCCCCUGAUACAUCGAAACUACAAUCCAGACCCAAGAGAGCAAGGACAAGAACAAGGUCAAGAUGGGGUUUAUAUUUUCAAAAUCUAUGAAUGAGAACAUGAAAAGCCAGCAGGAGUUCAUGCUUAUGAAUGCCCGACUUCAGGCAGUGAAAGGCACUGACUAAAGUGGUGAAGGACUUGAGGCAACAAGAAAAAUGUGGCAAAGAAAAAUCUCUAUUGAUAUCUCAAAAUAAUACCCCUCUACCAUCAUAUUAUGAUGCAAUAUGGACCCAAUACUUCAAAUGAAUUUCAGCGUGGAGUUGGAUGGUUUUGGAAGACAAAAUGAUUUCAGUGCAAACGCUGGAAAGGCAGCUAAUGAUGCAGAAUGAAACGAGAGAAAGACAAAUGGCUAUGCAGAUUGCUUGGUCUCGGGAAUUCCUCAAAUAUUUUGGAACUUUUUUUGGCAUUGCAGCCGUCUCUUUAACAGCUGGAGCAAUUAAAAAGAAGAAGCCUGCCUUCCUCUUCCCUAUCGUUCCAUUAGGCUUUGUCCUUGCCUACCAGUAUGACAUGGGCUACGGGACCCUUAUACAAAGAAUGAAAGGUGAAGCCGAGAACAUACUGGAAACAGAAAAGAGUAAGUUGCAGCUGCCAAAAGGAAUGAUCACUUUUGAAAACCUUGAAAAGGCAAGAAGGGAACAGAGUAAAUUCUUCAUAGACAAAUGAAAUCAUGUUUACCCACCAAAUCUCAAAAUACAGAAUUGUUGACUUGAAUCAUGGCCUUUACAAUUUUUUAAAUGCUUGAGAUUUUGAUAUAAUGGUUUUUAUUUUAAAAUAAUAAAAUUUAAGAUGAACUUUGUUAAAUUAUUUUAAAAUAAAAUGUAUAACAUUCAACACAAAAUCAUGGAGGUACUCUACUUUCAGAUUUCCUCUAUAUGUGUGUGUAUCACAAACAUCUAAAUGUAAAAUUAAUAAACUAUAUUUUUUUGAGUUUCUGGAAGCAAAAGUUUUAUUGUUCUCAUUUCUCUGUUGCACACACUUGCCCCAUCACAGUAAUCUCCCACAGAUACUGCUUUUAUUUGGAUUUCUCAAUUGUGUCCUGUCUCCACAUGAUAGAAAACAACUAAUAUUAAUGAUUAACAUGUAUAUUGCACUUGCUAUGGCCAUUGUCUGAUUGUUUUGCACAUAUUCUUGUAAUUAUCCCAACAAUCCAAUG